AUGGACGCUAUCAAACAGACUUUCAAGCGCUGCAAGGAGCAGAACAGGUCUGCGCUGGUAACAUACGUCACUGCCGGUUACCCAAAGCCUGAAGAUACUCCCAACAUCCUGCUGGCGUUGGAGAAGGGUGGCGCUGAUGUUAUCGAAGUCGGUGCACCUUUCACCGACCCAAUUGCAGACGGCCCUACCAUCCAGACUGCCAACACGAUUGCUCUCAACAAUGGUGUCACGAUCGAAUCCACCUUGGGCAUGGUGAAGGAGGCCCGAUCUCGCGGCCUCAAGGCUCCCGUUAUGCUCAUGGGCUACUACAACCCCCUUCUUAGCUAUGGCGAGGAGCGAUUACUCCAGGACUGCCACUCAUGCGGUGUCAAUGGCUUCAUCGUUGUCGACCUGCCCCCUGAGGAGGCCGUUUCUUUCCGUAAGCUCUGUAACAAGGGCCGUCUUUCAUACGUUCCUCUCAUCGCCCCCUCCACCUCAGAUACCCGAAUGAAGAUUCUCUGCCAGCUUGCCGAUUCAUUCAUCUAUGUCGUCUCUCGCAUGGGUGUCACUGGCGCUACCGGCACUCUCAACGCGAACCUCCCCGACCUUAUCGAGCGAGUCAAGAAGUACAGUGGCAACAAGCCCGCAGCUGUUGGAUUCGGUGUCAGUACUCGAGAGCACUUCUUGAGCGUUGCAACUCUCUCAGACGGUGUCGUCGUCGGUAGUCAGAUCAUCACAACCAUUAAGAAUGCUGAGCCUGGUCAAGCACUUUCCGAUAUCGAGAAGUACUGUGCCUACCUGUCCGGCCGUGAUUCUGGAGAUUCAAACACUCGAGAGGUUGGCCUUGUCGAAGCCGUUGCCGGAGCUAGGGAGCCCAGUGGUGACAACGUUACUGUCAGCGAUACUAUCACAGAUGCGGAUAUCACUGCCGAGGAGGACAGUGCUUUGGUGGCCCAGCUUGCUGCUCUUCAUGGCAAGAUCCCUGAGCGAUUCGGCGAGUUCGGUGGCCAAUAUGUUCCUGAGUCUCUGAUGGACUGCUUGUCCCAACUUGAGGAGGGCUUCAACGCGAUCAAGGAUGAUCCGUCAUUCUGGGAGGAAUACCGAUCUUACUACGAGUACAUGGGACGACCCGGCCAUUUGCAUUUGGCGGAGCGACUAACCGAGUAUGCUGGCGGUGCCAACAUCUGGCUAAAGCGUGAGGAUCUGAACCACACUGGUAGCCACAAGAUCAACAACGCUCUGGGACAGCUCCUCCUUGCCCGCAGACUCGGAAAGACAAGAAUUAUUGCUGAGACUGGCGCUGGACAGCACGGUGUCGCCACGGCCACCGUCUGUGCCAAGUUUGGCAUGGAGUGCACGGUAUACAUGGGAGCCGAGGAUGUCCGAAGACAAGCCCUCAACGUUUUCCGUAUGCGAUUGCUUGGCGCCAAGGUCGUUGCUGUCGAGGCUGGUAGCAAGACUCUCCGAGACGCUGUCAACGAGGCUCUCCGAGCCUGGGUCGUCGAUCUUGAUACCACUCACUACAUCAUUGGUUCUGCCAUUGGACCUCAUCCUUUCCCCACAAUCGUCCGAACCUUCCAGUCUGUUAUUGGUAGAGAGACUAAGGAACAGAUGCUUGAGAAGCGAGGCAAGCUUCCUGAUGCUGUUGUUGCUUGUGUCGGCGGUGGCAGUAACGCUGUCGGCAUGUUUUACCCCUUCGAGAACGAGCCCAGCGUCAAGCUUCUAGGUGUCGAGGCCGGUGGUGACGGUGUCGAUACCCCCCGACACAGCGCCACCCUCACUGGCGGCUCCAAGGGUGUUCUCCAUGGUGUGAGGACCUAUGUUCUUCAGGACAAGCAUGGUCAGAUCAGUGAGACGCACUCUGUCUCUGCUGGUCUAGAUUACCCUGGUGUCGGCCCCGAGCUGAGCUCCUGGAAGGACAAUGAGAGAGCCAAGUUCGUCGCUGCUACUGAUAGCGAGGCCUUCCUUGGUUUCAAGCUCAUGAGUCAGCUUGAGGGUAUUAUUCCCGCCCUCGAGACUGCUCACGGUAUCUAUGGUGCCAUUGAGCUAGCCAAGACCAUGAAGAAGGACGAAGAUAUUGUCAUCUGCGUGAGUGGUCGUGGCGACAAGGACGUGCAGAGCGUCGCCGAUGAGCUUCCCAAGCUGGGUCCCAAAAUUGGAUGGGACCUCCGUUUCUAG